AACACCCUAACACCCAUUCUCUCUGCAGCCCUCACCCCCAAACCCAAACGAACAUUUAUUAAUCUAACCCUAACCCUAACACCGAUUCACUCUGCCGCCCAAACCCAUCGCAUUCUCUCCGCCUAUUACCCCUCUGUCUCGCCUCUCUCAGUCUCGAACUCUCCCCGUCUCCAGUUCACCGCCGUCGGCGUCGCCGGCUAUCUGCCACCAACGCUUUCAUGCACGAAUCUGUGUAUGUUAGAUUAUAUCCGAAGGCCAGGUUUGUGUGAAGAUAACACUGUUUGAAGCAACCGAUCAGGUAUUGAAUAUGUAAGAAAAUGCAGAUGGCAAUAGGGGAUUCAAAGAAGAUGAGGAAGAACAAGAACAGGAAUAGGAGCAAAGAGCAACAUGAGGUGAAAAACUCCAACCAAAAUGAAGAAAUUUUCCCAGUAGAAAAGGAGGAAAAGAAAAAGAAGAAUAAAAGAAUGAACGUAGAGUUGAAAAGAAGCAAGGAUGAGGCAGAUAUAUCUGAUUUAUCUUAUUCCACAGAUCAGAUGGAGACAAAUGGCAGAGGAAAGAAAAAGAAAAGAUCGUUAAAGAAUAAGAAGAAGACAGAGAAUGAUGACUCAUCUGAAAAAGAAACUGUUAUACUUGAUCAACCUAAUGAAAUAGAAGGUGGAUUUUGUCAAGAAGAUAGUGAUGCAAAUGAAAUUGAAGAAAACAAGGACAAAUCAAAAAGAAAGAAGAGAAAAAGUGAGAAGAAGGCUGAAGCAGACAGUGAUGCAAAUGAAGUUGAAGAGAAACAGAAGGGAAAAUCAAGAAAGAAAAGAAAAAGUGAGAAGGCUGAAGCAGACAGCGAUGCAAAUGAAGUUGAAGAAAACCAGAAGGGAAAAUCAAGAAAGGAAAGAAAAAGUGAGAAGAAAACUAAAACUGGUGGAGUUGCUAGGCCCUAUAUUGAUGCUGAAAACACUCCUGAGCAAGAAAAUGGAGGAAUUCUAACAUGCCACAAUCCAAAUGCAGAGGAGAAUUUUCGGGGAAAAAGUGGAGAAGCUGAAGAUGUGUAUGAACUAUCUUCUGGAGAUGAAGAUGCCUCUAAAGGAAUGCGAAAAUGGAUUACGGAAUAUUAUCAGAGCAGACCGGGGUUGCAGAUAUUGCAAGAAAAGAUUGAUGAAUAUAUAGUUGCUUAUGAAGCAGAAAGGGAACGGGAAAGGAAGGAAAAAGAAGCCCGUAUUGCAGAAGAUGGAUGGACGGUUGUGGUACAUAACAAGGGAAGAAAAAAGACAACAGAUUCUGAAACUGGAAUUGCAGUUGGUUCUGUUUCCCAGGCUGCUGUAAUUGACAAUAUGGCCAAAAAGAAAACAAAAGACAUUGGACUAGAUUUCUACAGAUUUCAAAAGCGGGAAGCAAAGAGAAACGAGAUUAUGGAGCUUCAAAGUAAGUUUGAGCAGGACAAAAAGCGUGCCCAGCAGUUAAGAGCUGCAAGAAAGUUUAGACCUUUAUGAAUUAUAGAGUACCAAUUUUACUUGGAUGAUUUUGUUCCCUUUACAGGUCUAUUUAAAUUUUAAAGUGAUUUAGUGACUUGUCUAAUUUAUGAAACCGUGUAUUGUAUUUCCACCGCCAAAGAAGAUAGAAUUGAGCAGAACUGCCGAUCUAUGGUGGUUUAAACUCCUCUAACGGGACUAAAUCCUUCAAACUUUUUUCCUAAUAUUCAGAAUGACGUGCCAAUUUUUUGAACUA